AAGACAGCAUGAUUUCCAGAGGAUUUGUAUUUCUUCCUUCUGGAUAGAGUGACGGUAGUUAUUCCUAGACUCGUCUCCAGCAGGAUCCAAGGUCGUCUUUCUCUGGAUUUAACCAGCAACCUAGAGUCAGGUUUUAUUGGAGAACAAUCCUCAAUAAGAAGUAUCAUUUCAGGAGAAUCCAGGACUCAGUCUAGGCAUAAAAGGUGUCGCUCAGCACAGUACCCUCUACGGUAAGCUACCAGUCCUGAACACUUGUGGUUGAAGCUGAAUUGAAAAUAUUGAUGGAACACGCCUCUCAGACUCUGUUUAACUGUGGACUGGUGCAGAGCUCAAGACUAUAAUUUACAGGGCUGCUUUUAUCCUCUAUUUAGUUCUAUCCAAAGUCAUCUUGCAUCAACUCAAAAGGAGAAAUUCUGUGAGGGUAACCUACAGGGGCGAUUCUCAGCUUUGUGUGAAGAAACCUGUGGUUGAGUGUCUGUCUCCAUCCUGAGGAACCAUGUCCUCUUUAUAUACCCGAAGUAAAGAAUUCACUCGGAAUAGGAAAUCUCAGUCUGAUUCUCCCCCAGCAUCUCCUUCCCCGACUGCCAAGACACUCCGACAUGAAAGACUUUCUAGGUUGGAAUCAGGAGGUAGUAACCCUACAACCAGCGAUUCUUAUGGGGACCGGGCUUCAGCAAGAGCCCGUCGGGAGGCCCGGGAGGCCCGUCUAGCCACCCUGACCAGCCGUGUGGAAGAGGACAGCAACAGGGAUUAUAAAAAACUCUAUGAGGGUGCCCUGACCGAAAACCAAAAACUGAAAACAAAACUUCAGGAGGCCCAGCUAGAGCUAGCAGAUAUAAAAUCCAAGCUUGAGAAGAUGGCCCAGCAGAAACAAGAGAAGACCUCUGACCGAUCAUCAAUGCUGGAGAUGGAGAAACGGGAGAGGCGAGCCUUGGAGCGGAAAAUGUCAGAAAUGGAGGAAGAGAUGAAGGUGUUAACAGAACUGAAAUCUGACAACCAGAGGCUGAAAGAUGAAAAUGGUGCCCUCAUCAGAGUCAUCAGCAAACUGUCCAAAUAGACUAGGCUCCAGAUUUAGGAGGGAGGGAACAGCAUUUGCUGCCCUAGCCCUCUUUUCCAGCCAUCGCCUUCCAGCCAAAGGAAGUGAAUGUUUUGGUGGAAGGACACUUCUUUCUGAUCCGCUUCAGUCACCUCUUCUGCACUCUACAUCUCCACACUCUCAAUGCCCUGUUCCUCCCACACCCCUAUCCCAAGUUUUAUGACCGUUUUAAUUGAAGCAUGAUUGCGAUCAUUUGAACCAUCUGCAGAAGGCCUUGGGGGAGUCCACCAGACUCAGCGGUGGAUCCCCCAACUUCCUGCUGUUCAGUUACUCUGUCCACACUGGGUUUGGUCCAAACGUGUAACGUACCUAAACCAGAGCCCCACGGCCUUUUAUACUGACCCGGUAUCCUCUUAUAUAGGUGAGUCUUAUAGUGGCCAGUCCGGGAUCCUGUCUGGGGUGCCAAGAGAAAUAGCAGGAUGUUGAAUUAAUCAUCUGACAGCCUCUGGAACUGUGUUUCUGAUAGAGUCCAAGGUGACAGUGACUCUGCAUUGAAGCUCUCUAUUCUUCACCUCUCAGGAACUGAAUUAUUUUUUUUUUCUGUCAACAACCCAGUAACAUCCCUGAUGAGUCUUAACCCUUAUUCCUUCCUCCUUCAUGCCUAGCCCUUCCUCCAAAACUCAGAUGGCCCUGGCUUCAUUUAUUCCCUUCUGUCCUUUUUUCCUUCUCCUCCCUCAUUCCCUCACUGAUGGUGUAAAAGCUAGAACAGAGAGCACCUGAGCUCAGUUGUCUUUGGCCGUUAUGGAAAAUUAUUACUCUGGGGACUAGAAAAUCAUCCCUCUGUUGCCUCAGAGGUGGCACCACCAGCCCUCUCUCUAAAAAGCCAUACCAUGGCAUAAGUGUCAGUCCAUUGUUCUCAUAUCCCACUUGUCUUCCUUCCCCUUGCAAGGUGAUUUUAUUAGAAAUUCUGGGCUCUGAACACCCCAUUCUGCCUCACCUCCCUUUGUCCUUCUUUUCCUGUCCUCAUUCUGGCACCUUCUAAUGAGAAAUGGAGUCAUUGCGAGGAAGCAUGAGAGGUGGGGAAGGUAAGAUCGUUGGGAGAUGGACCAGGGCAUGGAAGCAGGCUGGAAAGACAUACGUGACAAAGGUAGAGUAUCUGAGGACACUCGCAACGUUGUGACAAAGAAGACAGAAGAUAGCGCCCAUUGUGCUGUGAGAAUGGUGGUGAACUUGAUUAUUUCCAGUGGUUAUAUUCAGGGGAGAAUGAUUUGCUUUCCUAGAAGCUAAUGGGAGAAAUGACUGCUUAAUAGAGGUUUAAAGGGAUGAGGUACUCUCAACCCACUGAUGGGAGUCAUGGAUUUUAGAGUGGCAAAGCCAGAGGUCAUUCGGUCCAGCUUUCCAUUGUGUCAUAGGGACGCCUGCUACUACAGCUUUGACCUGUGGUCAGAUAGCCUCUGGUGGCCCUGCAUUUAUUACUCAAAGGUGGGGCAAUUCUGAUAAACCAGAGGGUUUUUUCCUACUAUGAACUGAAGUCUGCCUGUGGAUUCUCCCUGUACAGCUCUCUGCCCUUCAGAUAUAUACUUGGUCAUCUCCCCUUAAUCUUACUUCGAACUGAUGUUUCCCUAGUCCUUUCAGUCAUUUCUCACAUGGCAUGCUUUUUGUGCCUGUCACAUCUUGGCCAUCUUCUUAUAGACGAAAAAAACCUUUUGAAAUAUGCCCUAAAUAAAUAAAUAAAUUUUAAAAAUAUCAUGCCCAGACCUGGACAGAAUACUCCACAAGUCCAGCACAAAAUUAAACUAUUAGUUCUUGAUGAUGACCCAAUGUUAAUACUUACAGUAUUUGCUUUUUGUAUCCCAUGGUUCAUUUUAAGAUUGCUGGUGAUAUUCAGUACUUAGAGGGGCUCAUUCUCUUAACAUGUUCCGCCUCUGUCAAUUUCUUUCCUGAAAAUGGUUGUAUAGUUCUCCAUGGCCCUCUGAAACAUCACUUGCUCUUUAAACUAGAAGCUAUAAUUCAAGAUCCCAAUUCCAGAACGGAAGAUAUGUCUCCUCUGGCAAAAUCUCAUUUUUAGAGUAUACAAAAUUCUUCCUUCCAUAUCCAACAGUUUUCCAAGAGGAGCUAUUUACUGUCUUGGGACGUUGUAUUACCCUGGGAGCAGCAGGAGUUCAGUUCUCAGGGAAUGCUAAGUUAGAGUGAGAGGUUUCCUAUCUUCCACUAUAAGCAUAUCCUUCAUUCUAGGGGGAGGAAAUCAACACAAGGUGUUGACUAAUUGAUUCUCCUGACACAUCCUGGAUAUUGGGGAAGAGGAGAUCACUGCCUCUUUCUUAGGAAAAGAAAAUUGGAUUACUAGGAAAACGUCUUGACCCUCUUCCAUUUGAUAGACCAGGUAAAAGGAUUGGAGUUUCCUCAGGUCUGUUUGUACCUUUCAAAAUGUGAGGCAGGUUCUCAAAACUCUCAGAUUGGUGUCAUACCCCUGCAGAUUCACCUGGCCCUUUCGUGUUAAAGAUGCCUUUUCUUGCCAGUAAGUUUCCCUUUUGACAAGAAAUUUACAAGCUUUUCAAUCUCAGGUAUACUCGAUGCUAUGGCCAAGAACUCAUGAAAAUGUCAACCUUCCGAGGUAAUCUCAGGCACUUUCUCUUAUGCAAUUAAUUUUAUUAUUGAACAGAUAAACUCUGAAUUCUGGUCUCUCUCCAGAGAAUAAAAUACCACUUCUUCACAACUGUAUUGACUGGAAGUCCCAUGACAUGGUGGUUAUAGGCCUUCUACUAGCCACCUGUUCUCUCUGGGUGCUGGCAUCAGGUCUCUCUUUUCUUGUGCUGCUUGGCCAGUUACCUGCUGUUGGUCUCUUCAGUGGCCAGAACCUCCAGUCCUCACCUGAUGGUUUGGAUACUCACAAGCACCCAGGUAGCUCAAACUGAGUGAAUAGCUACAGGUUGGCCAGUGAUGUGGGGCUCAGGUCUGUCACUUUGGAGUCUUUACGUGAAAUAUCAGAAUGGGGAAGAGAACAUUCUCAGUACAGCUUUACACCCUCUGUUCUCAUUAAUUUGAUAUUUUCCAAAAACCAAGCCACACCUUUAAGAGUAAUGAUUUGGCCAUUCCAGAGAUUUUCUGGCUGAAGUUCUUAGCCUGUUUGUCUUUCAAGGGAUGUUGAUCCUUUUCCAGAUAGUUCCAGGGUAUGAUGACCCCUAGCCCCAUCCCAGUCUCUAGUGUAAGGGUUAUGCAAAUCUCCGGGUGUUGCCUCUAAAGAAUCUGAAGAAUACAGAGAACUUGGGCUUACUGAGUACGCUAAAUCCUCUGCUGGGCCAGUCUCAUUUGAUAUUUCCUAGAACCUCCCUUCUUUUUCUGUCCAACUGCAGGAUGUGUUUGCUUUCUCUUCCAGGCUUUCCCUGGUUUCUAUCCUAGCUCCCAUCCCUUGUUUAAGGUAGUUCCUGGCCAAAUCUAUGCCCAAUUAUAACUACAAAUCUUGGUCACCAUACUGAUU